AUGUCGUAUAUUAACCGCAGAGGUUUGAUGGGGUAUCAUUACUAUGAUGGGUUGUCUUCUGAAACUGAUGAAGAUUUUGUUAAGAGAUGGAGGCGAGGGAAGAGGCCGGUGUUUGUGACAAGUGAUGAAUCUUCAACAGAUGAUGAAGAAUACGUCGUACCCCUUUAUGUCGCACCCCCUGUUGAAGAUUUUGAAUCAGAAUUUGACAAAGAAGAGUGGGAUAGAACGAGAAAAAAGUUAAAAGCGUACCAUCUUGAAAGUUCUAGCGAUGAAGGUGAGGUUCCUGAAACACCAGAACAUGUGUGGAAUACCGGGAUUGGGGCUCAGUAUUCCUGGUACGCCUCUGGUGAACACAACACCCCUCCUUCAACUCCAAGCAAUCGAACACACACACUUGGGGAUCCUGAAACACCAGAGCAUGUGUGGAAUACCGAGGAUAGGACACGCUAUCACUGGUACACAACUUCCCUUCCUGGUAAUUAUGUCAUGAAUGAGAUCGGCUCAACAUCUGUUGCCCCUCCUGAUGUCUCAACACCUGCUGCCCCUGCCCCUCAUGAUGAUUAUGAAAGUGACUCCGAUAGAAUUGUUACUCCUGAUGAUUAUGAAGGUGACUCAGAAAGAACUCUUACUCCUGAUAAUUCUGAAAGCAGUGUUGCUUCGGAUUCAGAAGAAAAUGUUACCUCAAUAUCCUCAAAGCCUUCCUCAAAGUCUUGACUUUGUUCCAGGUUGUAAAUCUCUUCAAGCUCUUCAAAAUCCAUCCCAUACUGUGUUAGUGUGUGCUGUGAAAACAACAAAACUGAAGCCUACAAGUGACGUGUGCCCGUGUGUGAUAUGAUUGUGCAAAAUUCUCAAGCUCCUAGUGUGGUAGUAAUUAGAAAACUUCACUUAUUGCUGUAAUUUUUGAGAGAAUACCAGAAAACUUUAUUCUGGUAACUCAAUUCUUUUAUAGUGAAGGUGGUAGGGUUUGUAAAUCAGCCACCAAAAGGACAAUUUUCAGAGAGUAUUUUUGGUGGGAAUUUUGAAAAUUUUCAGAUCUUAAUUUUGGGGGCUUUUGAAUUUCAGAACAGAAUUGUAUGCUUUGUAUUUUGGUGGGAAACUUUCAGCGAC